GUCAUCUCUUUCUCCCACUUACGGAUGCACUGUCUACGAGGCGUUCUCACUCCUAUUCGCCAACGAGCAUUUUGCUUCCCAGUGUCUCGUCUUUUGCACUCAAGCACAUGUUGGAGAAGCCUGAGUGAUCACGACAGAGGCAGAGGACUGACCAACAUCCUCGCCGACGACAAUCCACCGGCAGUUCAAGUCAAGAGGAUAACCAAUCAAGGCAUUCAGCUGGUCGACGGACUUGUUCUACCUUCGGCGUGCAUUUUUGUAGAAGGACAGGUGUUUCUAUGGGAUGUGCCACAGACUUUGUGGCAGGGAUGGGGGAAGGAACACCUGGAAAUUUUUGACCUUGUUUCACCUAGACCCGAAAUAUUACUUUUCGGAACGGGUGCGCGAUUAGUACAACCACCGCCAUUUAUUCAGCCAUACAUGAGCCAAUUGGGCAUCCAAAUGGAUACAAUGGACACCAAAAAUGCUUGCUCGACGUAUAAUGUAUUGGCGGAGGAAGGCCGACGAGUAGCCGCUGCCUUACUUCCUCUUUCACCCCACGUAUGGCAAAAGUCGUUUCUACCCUCAAAAUAGGAGUGCGAGAUCCAGACCUGCUUGCUACAUAACCAGAACGUCUAUGUCACUGUAUAUCACUGCUCGAACCCUAUGUCACUAUCACUGAUGAAAUCCUGCUUGAUCAAAUAAAGAACUUCAGGCGCUGUGCCACGACAUUUAGC